UGAUAGUGCAUGCUCCCAUUUCUUUGGCGAUGGUUCUCUCGAGAUCUCUGUUCGAUUUGGGCCGGGCUCGCACACACGGUCCAGCCCAUCCCAUCCUACAAGUAGGCGUGUCAACAUCAUGAAUCUUCGCCGCUUUCCUCGAGUGCCCCACCUCCCCCGAUGUCCUCUACCAUCGAAGAGAAAGUCGAAGCGGGCUCGAACAGCGAGUCGAAAGUCGAGUCGCAGAGCUCCCCACCUAGCCUGCACAAGACGCACGAGAAUCCCGACGGCCUCAAGCUCGACCGCCAUGGGCUCCCCCUCAUCCCCCAGCCGUCAUCGGAUCCAUCGGACCCCCUGAACUGGCCCAUGUGGCUGAAGAUUGCCAUCUUGCUCCAAGUCAGCUUCCUCGCUGGUCUUGGACCGCUGAACCAGGCCGUGAUCAAUCCCGCCUACGUUCCGCUCGCGGCGCACUUCCACAAGACCACAGUGGUUGCCAGUUACCAGACCACGAUCGCCAUCGCGUUUGCCGGUAUCGGUUCCUUCCUAUGGGUGCCUCUCGCAAACACCUAUGGCCGUCGGCCGCUCCUGUUGUUCACUACGCUCCUGUCGGCCGCCUCGUGCCUUGCAUCCGGAAAGGCCCAGACAUGGAAUCAGCUCAUCGGGACUCGUGUGCUGAACGGUCUCGGCACCAGCUCGUUCUUCACCCUCGGUGCUGGUGUCGUGUCCGACUGCUUUUUCCUGCACGAGAGGGGUCGUGCGAUGGGCAUCUUUACCGUGUUCUUGACUAACAGCGCCCAUGUUGCCCCGAUUCCCGGAGGUCUUCUGGCCCAGUAUGUCAACUAUCGGUGGUGCUACUACCUGCCCGGUGUCUUGGACAUGACACUCUUCGUCCUGAUGUUCUUCUGUCUUCCCGAGACGCUCUACCAACGCGGAUCGAAGCCCGUCGAGACUUCGCACCCCAUCCUGCGCCGGAUGAACCCCCUCGGGCACCGCCCCGAGGGCAAGCACCUGAAACUGGCCGACUUCGGGCGCCCGUUCCAGAUGCUGAUGUAUCCCUCCGUGCUACUCACCGCGUUCUACUACGGCGUGACCUUCGCGUUCGCGUCGAUCCUGCCCUCCGUCACGUCCGCCACGCUUUUCCGGCUCAAGCACCACUUCACGACGUCGCAGACGGGCUUCGCGCUCGGCUUCGGCACGCUCAUCGGCUCGACGCUCGGCGAGCUGGCCGGCGGACUCGUCAUCGACCGGACCAUGCGCAACAGCCGCAAGAAGGGCGGCGAGGCCGUGCCCGAGGUCCGCCUCAGCGGCAUCUGGCCCGGCGUCAUCCUCCAGCCGGUCGGGCUCCUGGUCUGGGGCUUCUGCUGGCAAUACAAGACCCACUGGCUCGGCCCGACGUUCGGGUUUGCGAUUCUGUGCUUUGCCAUCCAGAUUGUGGCCACUGUGCUGUACUCCUACGUUGCCGAUUGCUAUAAGCCCCAGAUGCCCGAGACUGCGCAAGUGUACAACUUCACGCGUCAGAUCUUUGGGAUGACGCUUGGCUUCUGGUCCAUUCCCAUGGGUAUGAAGAUCGGAUUCCAGUUCAUGGGCCUUACUCUCGCGCUCGUCGGCCUCGUCUUGUUCCUGCCUGUCGUCUACCUGAUGUACCACGGUAAAGCCAUGCGCGAGAGGCUCGGCCAGCCGAAAUUCAACCAGAGCCUGUAAUCCUGGACGCGUUCUCUGCUUUCAAGCUUCCAGGGGCACAUUACACAGUGCAUAGUUUAGAUUUUCAGAUGACAUUACGACGGCACCGUAUUUCACGAAAAUAAUGUAUAUAUGUCUAAUAGCAAAUGUCCGUGUUUUGUGGAUGAUGCGCGGGUACUGUAGAUGAUUGAUGAAUCAAAAUAUUCUCGCACGCUGUCUCCGAUCUCCUGCCGGUCUGCUCCCACGGAAGCAAAAUUUUCGUGGAUCUUGGUACAGUGCACACCCAGCUCUGCCAUCCGGCCAUACACAUUCCCCCGGGGCCCAGAUCCGUGUGGCCACUGUGCACAUGCAGUGCUUACCACGCACCGGAGUCCUGGGCGUCCGUGGGGAGCGGGGAUCUACAGAAAGUCGACACUUAUUCGAGGGAGGCUUCCAAUUAUAGCGUGUGAACGUCGGGAGGAGAUAGCACAUGGUUCGGAUGGACGCAAUCUCUGGAAUCAGACCUCUGCGUGACAGAUCCGACAUAAAAACAGGGACUCUGCAGACGCGGCGGAAGCAGACAACAGACGCGAACAUGCAUCCAAACUGUCGCGAGCUUCUUUGUGUCGUAGCCAGGCACAGUUGUGUUGGAAUUGAAAUUCGCGCUUAGUGAAGCGUGUGCAGCCGAGUCGUCUCUCGUGGAGCAGCGCAGCGCGGCCCCGUUUUUCCAUCCGAUGGCGCGAGACAGGACAGAUGAUAGAUUGGACCCACGAACGAAGGA